GAUCCGUGUCGACGUCUGCGUGGACGUAGACGUCAAAACUAGAACAAUAUAGAUUUUUAUUUUCCACAAAGGACAAUGGUUUAGUGUUCACGAUUAGUGUAUAGUUUAUACAAAGCAGUUUUUAAUCUCAGUGUUUUUAGUAAAGUGCGUAAUUGACCGUUGUUAACUCAUUAAAGACUGAUAGAGCUUGAAAUGAUACAGCCGAGCUGAAACAAGCGAUAUGAUCGCUUCUAGCGAGCUCACGCCAACAUGGCCGACGAAGAAGAAAAACUGCCGAUACCUCCCACAUUCCUCGAGAAACUUCUAUUCUACACGACAGCUACGUUCGUCCUCCUCGCGAUAUUCAGCCUCUUCGCCUUCCUCUUCUUAGUACCAUUCGUGAUAGAACCAGCCUUCACCACCAUAUUCAUGCAGUUCGAUCCAGUCGGCGCGUUAUGUGUCACAGCUGAAGUGAAACAUUUGGUCGGCGCGAGCAACUGCUCCUGGGCGUCCUGCAGAGAAGGCUGCACCAAAGACCUCUUCGAAUGCACUCAGAUACGAGUCAACUAUAAACUGGGCUAUCCUCCAAAUAUAUCUGCUACUGAUUACGAAGCACUCAUUAGAGCUGAACGAUCUUUGAGGAAAGAUUACGAUUACGAAAACUACGAAUCACCAUUGGAUAAAAUCGAUCCAGAAAUGGAAGAUCUGGAAUUGCCUGAAGUUAUACCUACUGGAUUGCAAGGCAACGACUCAGAAUGGUAUUUCACUGGUGCUAGAUUAUUCCCGAAUGUUAAGGGAUGCGGUUAUCCACCUAUUUUAAAUUGUACUAUAUUCUAUGGCAAAUAUAGACCACUGGGCACCAAUUACACUUGUUAUUACAGUCGCGUUGACCCUGGAUUAGUGAUCACGGAAUUGGACAUGUGGCAGAAUACGCUCAAUUUAGUUUACGCCAUGGCCAUACCAAUUCCAUCCUUUUUUAUUUCGGUGAUAUACCUAACGAUUGCCUACUUUAAAAUUUACAAUACUGAGGAGGAAUCGGAACAAGCUCCCCUGCAGAGUGAUGCAGAGGCUAUGGCAACAGGAGACGACGGCAAACCAACAACUCCUGGCUCCGAUACAUUUAGGGAAGAUUUAGCUUGCUUUGGCCAUCAAUUAAAAUUGCAGUUAGCUAACGAUAAACCAAAAGAAGGCUUCGAAUCAAAUAGCCCUCCAAUUUCCAACUCUGCGUCAUUGUCUGGGACCAAAUCGUCUUUCGUGAACGCCUAAUGAAACUAGAGUUACAAAAGAUGACACGGGUCCUGAAGAGGCUUUGGAUAUAAAGUGCAUCAUGAAUUGAACAAUAUAGUGGACUUGGUGUAAUUGAAUCUUGCCUGCCGCGUGCUUUUCGCUUCGAGUGAAGUGGUUCCAUGAUGUGUUGUGAACUUUUUUUGAUCCGUGACAACAGUAAACGAAUUAAAUUCGUCUUUUCAUUGCAAUUGUGACGGACGAAGUUGAUACUAAAAGAUAUUGCGUUGUCUUUAGUUUAGCCAGUUCUGUUAACGGUGAAAUCGCUUGUAGAUUGUUAGAUAUCGAAGAUCAAUAGAGCAUCGUAUUUCGUUUUUAGUCUUUGCAAUUGUGAUUAAUUGUUGUCACGGAGGUAACUGUUUAAUUAGGAAUUUUUUCAAGUGUGUCUAUGCUCGUAUGCUGAAUGUGUCAAAUGCACGCGUGCUAAAACAAUGAAAUAUUAUAGCAAACGCUGGUUAAUACCUUAAACCGAGGUUAGUGUAAAUAAAAUAUACGAACAAUGUUUACAGUAAGAGUUUGUAUUGUCGAACGAUUUAAACACUGCUUAAACGGUCAUUAUUUUGUUUGGUCAUUACUUUAUUGUAGAUAGGAUAAGAUAAUUUAGCAUCAAACCAAUUAAAUAUUGUAUAUUAUUAAUUUAAUGUUGCCUUAAAGUGUUGCGCUAUUUAAUUAUUUUUAAAAUUAUAUUUUAUACCAUUUACCAUUCGUAAUUCUAAAGCAAACAAUUCACGAGGUCGUCCCUGCCAGUAGCAAGUAUUGAUUCUUCCGUCCCGAGCCUAAACUUUUUAAAAAUUCAACGAUAUUUAUUGUCCAUAGUGAUCCGUACCGACUAUCCAACAAAAAACAAAAGAUGUUAUAUGGCAUAUGGCGUGUAUCGAUCGAACGUGCUUUUCCAAUCAUAACUGCUAUAGAACGUAAUACUCCGUCUAAUUGUGCUCAAAAAUAAACCGUUUUGAAAAUUUUAAUUGGUUUUUUUAGGUGGCUUUAAGGCUUUCGAAUUUCUUCAGUCAUUUACAGGAGCUGCGAAGCUACACACUGCUACAUUUAACGAUAAAAUCAUUCCAUGUGAAACCUUCGUUGCGUUGUGAAUUCUUAUCGUAAAGUUUAUUAUUAUUAAGAGAAGUUUAUCCUUACUUUUGACUAUUGAUACCUACUCUGAUCACUGUUUUCAUUAAUAAGGAAAUAGACACUUCUAGAGGCCGCUAGGAAAGCCACUUCAUCUUGUGUAAAAUUGUUAUUUCUGUUAAUAUUAAAAUAUAUAUAUUGUGGACAAGAAAAUGACUGCGUUAUUCUGAAUAAAAUUAAACUAAUAUGUAAUGAAUCUUUAAAUGAUAAAUGUUUUAGAAUACGCUUGAAAUUGUUACACGAGUUAAAUUUAUAAUGCAUAUUGUUUUAUAUCUGUUUUCCUUUUAUAUUUAUGUAAUUUAAUAAUACUAUAAUGUUGUUAUUAUAAUGCUUUUAUUGUUAUUCUCACUAUUGACAUAUGGAAAUCAUAAUUGUUUCUCUUUUUGGAUUAAAAGUAAGAAGGCUUAUAAAGUAAAGUUUCAUACCUACACAAUUCAUACUUAUACAAUAAUGUAAAAAAUAAAAAAUCCAUACUUUACGAAGAAAAAUCUAUAGUUUACCUUUAUGUAUUUAAAACUAAAUCGUUGAUAAAUAUUUAUUUUUCACCACGAAAUAUAGGCAUAUAAUUUGGAUAUACAUGUUUAUUAGGAAACAAAUGUUGAAAUUUAUAGAUAACUUAUUAAUAAUUCAAUAAUUAAGAUUGUAAUAAGGACGCUUAGAAUAUUUUUAGAAUAUCGCAAAAUACCCACGCGCACAUUUAGCAUGUAAAAGAUAAAAAAAUUACUAAAACAUAAUUAUAUAUCGUACGCUUCUUUAACUUUAUUAAUUGUAAUUAAGUAUAUACCUAAUUACUUGGUGAUGUUGUUAUAAUAUUUUCAUUUACCUAUAAAUUUUCAUUAAGGCGACAAUCGAAAAGCAAUCGCAAAAUAUCAUGUUGUGAAUUAAUGUCAAAUUAAUUUUAGGUAACGCUUUUCCGAACUACGCUAAAUACUCUAAGAAAAUGUUAAAACUUUUUAAAUUAUCGUAUUUUAUUACGUUUAGAUAUUGAAUCUAUAUGAUUUAUUUACACGUUCCUUCGUUCAUAAUCUGUAAGUUUGUGAAUACUUGCUUCGAUGUGAUAACGCUUAUUGUGAUGAAAUAACAAUAGUUAAAAUUAUGUAAUGUAUAGCAUUAACCAAUCUAAACAAUAUAAUGAUACGAAUGCGAAAACUUAAUAAAUAAGCCCUUUCCACAAUGCACUUAAGUUGUAAUUAGACGUAGACUAAAUAAUGCAGAUACUAAAUGCUUUUUUUUUGUGGAAUUUGAAAUCGCCGUUUAAUUGUUUGUUUAUUAUGAUUAUUUUUGAGUUAACAACGGCGCAAUGGUUAUCAAUGACAGAUCGUAGGUUUGCGGAUCUGUAAGUUAAAAUAAAAAUGCAAAAAAUAAAAUAGUAAAUAAUAACAAUUAAUGAACUGUUUCUUACGCUACAUACCGUAAUAAAGACGUUCAAUUUUAAUAUAAAAAACCAUAAUAAACAGGCAAUUAACACGUCUCUUUAGCUGUCCCAAAUAUAAUAAUAGUUGGCACUCAAAUAAAUUAUUAAUACAUUAUUGUCAUAAACCACAAAUCACUGCCAGAAUGUGGUCUCACCGAACGCUUUCUAACAAAAUCCUGUCCAGAAUUAAAUAUAAGAAAAUACCGCUUUUAUAUUAAUUUAUAUGCUUCCAAACUUUGUUGUAAAUAUUUUCCUUAUUAUAUACAAUUAUUGAGCAAUUCCCUGUGCACGUGGACACUCUAAUAUUGGAUACCUACCUCACAAAAGGUGGGUAAGACAAGUCGGCUAGUUUAAUUGCAGUCCACACUCAAAAAUCAACCGUACAGCACUAAGAUAAGAAACAAAUUGUAUUGCUAAUUUGUCAAACUAAUCUAUGGAUGAACACGGUCCAGUCUGCAAUUUCAAGGCAUUGAUGUUUCGAUCAAGAAUUUAUAUGGAAUGCUGUAAAACGGUUGCAGUCAAGGUGGCUUGUAUUUGUCUAAAUAUUGAAAGAAGUAAUUUAAAAAUAAAGGCUUUAAUUUUGAAUUUAAAGUAACUGAACACAUAACAUUAUGUUGCAAAUGUUUGUGACGAUUUUUGAAGUAAAUACGGGGCACAAUUUAAAUAAUAAUGCGAUGAGUUUGGUUUGAAAACAUUUGAGGAGCGAAAUGUUAUAAUAUUCAAUUACUUCGCUUCUAAUAACGUUCUGGAGUUAAAAGCAAACAACUGUAGGUUAAUUAAAUUGGUUUUCCUUUGAAAAUGUGAAAAUUUCAAUCAGCACGAUUUUCUAUUAUAAAAUAAAAUAUUGCCCAAUUUGCUAAUAAAAUUGCUUUUUAUCUUUUAUUUAAUGUAAUAUCAAUUAUAUGCAUACAUAUAUAUGAAAGUGUUGUCAGAAAAUAAAAUGUAAGUAAAUGAUGUGUCUAUUAAAUUAAUUUAUUUAAAUAUAAUGAAAUACGCUGGUUCCGUAAUUUGGUUGUUAUAAAACAAUAAUUUAUCGUAUUGAUUUAAUUUUAAUGAAUUAAUAUUCCUAUUUAUAAGCACGUCAUUUUUACAAAUUUAAAUGUAAGCUUAUUAGCUAACACCACUGAUUGUAAAUUUGUUGAAAGUUUAGAUAUAAUUUAAGCAAUUUAGUUAUAAGUGCAAGUAGAUUAGAAAUAUAAAUAUAAUAAAUUUUCAUGUGUGCUUAUCGAAUUCUUCCAUACGUUUUGUUUUCAGAAAGAUAUACUGUAUAUUUAAGUUUUGGGUAUGGUCUUUUAAUACAAAUGUAAAUUUAAAUAUGUUUUAGUUAAAAUAUGGUUAUCCAACGCUUAUAAUUUUUUAUUAUUAAAGUAAAGAAUGAAGCACACACGAAAACUUAUUGAUUGGCGCAUUUUUUCUCGAUAAUAAAUUUUAAAAAUUCAUCGUAAAUGCAUUUU